GUCAGGAUCCGGACCAGGCAGAGCGCCCGCGGCCACCGCGUCGUCGUCUCCCUCCUCCCCAGCCCGACACCCAAACGAACCCAAAGCACCGCGGCCGCGCGGACCCCAAAUCCCAGCGCACGCGAGCGCGACACGCCGGGGGGCGCGCACGGCACGGCGCGGGGCGGCGGGUCACCAUGGACAUGGACAGCGUGGAGUGCCUCUCCCUCCCCGACGCCUCCAUGGACGUGGAUGACGUCGACGGCGGCCACCACCCUCACCCCCACCACCUCGGCCUCCCGCUCCACCCCGCCCACCUCGGCGCCUCUGGUGGUGGGGCUGGCGCGGGCCGCGCUUACCCGAAGGUGAAUGCCGGGACCGGCGCCGGCGCGGCGGGGGCGGUGGGUACGGCGGGAGCGGGCGGGCCCCCGGCGACCAGCGUGCACGAGCUGCUCGAGUGCCCCGUCUGCACCAACUCCAUGUUCCCGCCCAUCCACCAGUGCCAAAAUGGACAUACAUUAUGUUCGACAUGCAAGGCCAGAGUUCACAACCGGUGCCCUACAUGCAGACAAGAGCUUGGUGAUAUCAGGUGCUUGGCACUGGAAAAAGUAGCUGAGUCACUCGAGCUUCCCUGUAAGUACUGCUCUUUAGGUUGCCCAGAGAUCUUCCCAUACUACAGCAAGAUAAAGCAUGAGGCACAGUGCAGCUUCAGGCCGUAUAACUGCCCCUAUGCUGGCUCUGAAUGUGCUGUGGCUGGUGAUAUUCCAUUCCUUGUUGCACAUUUGAGGGAUGAUCACAAAGUUGACAUGCACAGCGGCUGCACAUUCAAUCAUAGAUACGUCAAAUCCAACCCGCGAGAGGUUGAAAACGCCACGUGGAUGCUAACAGUAUUUCAUUGUUUUGGGCAGUACUUCUGCCUGCAUUUUGAGGCCUUCCAGCUUGGAAUGGCACCGGUUUACAUGGCUUUCCUCCGUUUCAUGGGGGAUGAGAAUGAAGCGAGGAACUAUACAUAUAGCCUCGAGGUUGGCGGUAACGGGAGGAAAAUGGUAUGGGAAGGAACUCCUAGAAGCAUCCGUGAUAGCCACCGCAAGGUCCGAGACAGCCAUGACGGCCUCAUCAUUCAGAGGAACAUGGCACUGUUCUUCUCUGGCGGCGAUAGGAAGGAGCUGAAGCUGAGGGUGACUGGCCGGAUCUGGAAGGAGCAGACCAACCCGGAUGGGGCCUGCAUACCGAACCUUUGCAGCUGAGCAAAGGCGACGGUUGAAAAAAAGGUUGUGCUAUUUGGCUGGCUUGUUGUUUUUCCAUUGCCAUGUUGUUGUGCGUUUUACUGUAGUCCGUCACUGUUGCAGCGUUGUACCUUAAGAAAAUUUUAGGGGUGUAAAAUGUUGCUGUAAAGUAAUUGUGUAUAACGAAUCCAAGAAAUCAUACAAGUUGGCAAAUAAAAUGUCUGUCUUACGUUCC